AGAGCAGAUGCACCGUGGAAGAUGUAACGUUACCGCGCACGGGUUGCCUGAAUUCCUGCCUGUCAGAAAAUUAGAAUCGGCCCUGACAAACUUGGUGCCACUCCUGUUGUCGUUUGAGCCAGAGAUGGGAAUCGGUCACCGUCAUGUAUUCGCGAGACAUGCCGACCGCGUGUGAUAGCUAUUUCGCAACGUUCCAGACGCAGAAUCAAUUGAUUACCUGUAGUUCUUUCUCAGAGUGUUCAAAAGUCAAUGACUGGCGCGGACAGAAUUGGAGAUUCCCGGCGCCAACGUCUCCGCUCAACCACGAUUGGGAAGUAUGUCACAAACAUAGGUUUUACAGCAUACCCGUGGGUUCGACAGUAUGUCAAAAUUGAGCAGCGCCAGACCAUAUAAAGCCUCUCAACGCGUCUUGGCCAAGCAAGCGAACCUACUGCCCUGAAGCCAUUGCUGCUCAUUGUCCAAACGUCAUGUACUACGCACCUGCCCAAGACACACAACAGCCAACUCAUCCUCGACUUCACGUUCGAGAUGCACGAGACGCUCACAUCGUGUUCGAAGCUGUCAGGCAAGGUCAUUUGAAAGCUGUCGUCCGUCGGCUCAAUGAGCUAGAGCGAACAACCUACAUCCGAUCUGGCUCUAUCUUCGUGUGGGAAGAAAGCGAAGACGAGAUGGGUCUGAAGAGAUGGACAGAUGGGAAGGUGUGGAGCGGAAGUCGAAUGCGAGAACCAUAUUUAUUUUACGACGAAAAAGUUGCCGAUGAGGUCCCGUCAGCAUCUGAACACAGUCCCAAAUCAACAUAUCGAUUCGUGGAUGGUCCUUCUCGAACUUGGUCAUCUUCUGCCCAGUCUCAUUAUGAGCGCAGUGACCACCAUCCCACAGGCCUUGUUAAGCAAGCCUAUUCCGCAUGGAUAAUGGAGUCAGUUAACGCCAAGCCACGCAAAUGGCACCUUACCGCAUAUUUCACAUACACUGACCUUCCAAACAUUCCCACAAUCGACCAGGAUCCGAUCCUGCGUAGGAUCUCAGUGCCCCCUGGAAUUUACAAGAGCGGAAAGGCAAGGUCUCGGACAUCCGACGCCACGUUACCAUCGCCUUCACUCUCAAUACCUUCUCGACCUUCAUCUCCUGUCACCCGUCAGUCGACUCCCGGUCCUGGGACUCAGGGACGCAGAGAACACAUUGUCCUCCCUUCCUUGCAAUCUGCAAUAGCGAGUACCAGUAUGCAUCGCCAUAACCCUCAUCAACAUCCCCAUGCGCGCAUACCGGAGGAUCAGCGAAUGAUACAGAUGCUUAAUUCACGCCCGAUCUUGUAGACCCUUGUGUAGAUUCUGCGUUUUCCG